CUUGAGGCUACUACUGGCUAGUGGCUACUCAGUAAUGGUGAAUUGUGUUGUGUAUAUGUAUGAGUUGAUGAUAUAUUGGAAAUUCUUGAUGCUAAACGGACAUUCCUUGGAUUUUUAUUAAUUGUAAACUGAUUCAUCGACAUUUUAAAACUAACAAUCCUUCACUGAAAGACAUGUGUUUGUUUUACGGUUUUAUUAUUUCAUAGAAAGUUGAAUUUAAAAAAUACAAGUUAGGAGUUUGUGCUUAACCUCAAAUCAAAAGAACUUGAGGACCAAUUAACUAAUAGAAGGAGCCAAAGGAUGUUACACCAAAAUUUUCAGUGAAUCUAAUGGCUUUUGAGAGAACGGCUGAUGGGUCUUAUAGAGUGGUCAUUUUUUCUUUUUGGACUUCUUACAGUCUUGACAAAUGAGCAAGAAAUGUCACAUGGCAAAUGUGCUCCAUACAGUGGCAAGGUGUGCAAGUACUACCUGGCGGGGGCCGGCCAAGUAUGGUUCAACAGCUCUGACUCUGGAGGCCGCAAUGAGAACAUUACUGCAGGUCUUUGGGAGGAAAUGAUAAAAGUCCUUAAAGAGCCAUGUAGGAGUGCAGCUGAGAAAAUGCUGUGCCUGUAUGCAUUUCCUCAAUGUCACAUUGUGAACGGAUUCCCAGUAGGACUCCCUCUUUGUUAUGAAGAUUGUGUUGCUGUCAGAGACCUUUUCUGUUACAAUGACUGGGCAUUGAUAGAGAACAACAAACAGCAUGGUGUCUACUUCACGACACGAGGUCAUUUCCGACUUCCCAACUGCUCGGCCCUUACUAGAUUGCAAACAGACAAAGUUGUCUGUUCUCAUGCCAAGCUCACAGAGAUGAAGCAGGAUGAAGUCACUUAUGACUGUGUCAAGGGUCGAGGCAGGUAUUACAUGGGUUUUGCCAAUAACACUAACACAGGAAUACCCUGCCAACGAUGGGACUCAACACGUCCACACACUCAUGACCGCCCACCAGAUGUGUUCCCGGAGGUUAAGAAUGCAGAAAACUAUUGUCGCAAUGCUGGUGGGGAAGAGCCAGGUCCCUGGUGUUAUACUAUGGAUCCCAAUAUACGUUGGCAGAUGUGUGAUAUUCCCAUAUGUGAGAAUACAACAACAGAAACUGAGAAACCAGAGAUUCCAAUAAAUAUGGUUUUUACUGAGACACAUGUGCUGAUAUUGGCAAGUGUUGGCUUUCUAGGCCUAGUGCUAGUUGUGUUGCUAAUCCUAUUGUGUCAUCGACUUUUCAAACAUCGCCUCACCUAUCGGCCGACCCCUACACAGGAUGUAAAUAUUGAUUUGGAAAAGCUUCCAAACAAUUCAGCUUAUCACAAAACAGGAACCAGUUUAAACCCCAAACUUGAGAAAUUGGAGUUUCCACGGAAUGAUAUUAUUUACAUAAGAGACCUAGGACAAGGUGCUUUUGGAAGAGUCUUUCAGGCAAAAGCACCUGGUUUGCUCAAGGGUGAAGAAUUCACAUUAGUAGCUGUUAAAAUGCUGAAAGACGAAGCAUCUGAAGAUCUGCAAGUAGAUUUUGAGCGGGAAGCUUGCUUAUUAGCUGAGUUUGACCAUCCAAACAUUGUUAAAUUGUUGGGUGUGUGUGCAAUGGGAAAGCCAAUGUGUUUGCUGUUUGAGUACAUGGGGCGAGGAGAUCUAAAUGAGUUUUUGCGAUCGUGCUCACCUAGCAAUUACAUUGUGCGUAGUGCCGAGGGAGGAGGUGACCUUUUCCGAGACAUACAACUUACUACUGCAGAUCUGCUAAAAAUAUCUCAACAAGUAGCAGGAGGCAUGGUAUACCUCUCUGACCGCAAAUUUGUACAUAGGGACUUAGCAACAAGAAAUUGCCUUAUUGAUGAUACCAUGGUGGUUAAAAUUGCUGAUUUUGGACUGUCUCAAAAAAUGUAUCUUCAAGACUACUAUAAAGGAGAUGAGCACGAUGCAAUUCCUGUAAGGUGGAUGCCUCUGGAAUCCAUCCUUUAUAAUAAAUACACUGUAGAGUCAGAUGUUUGGGCUUACGGUGUUUGUCUUUGGGAGAUAUUUUCAUUCGCUUUACAACCCUAUUAUGGAAUGACUCAUGAGGAAGUUGUUAAGUUCAUCAAGGAAGGUAACAUGCUUCAGUGUCCAGAAAAUACAUCUAAAUCUGUGUAUGAACUCAUGAAGCUUUGUUGGAACCGCAAACCUUCAGCCAGACCAAGUUUUCGUGUUAUAUACCAAACAUUAGAAAGUAUCCAAGCUGAGUUGAAACGAGAAAUGACUCAGAGAACUAAUCACUUCCCCCCUCGAGUGCAUGUUUAGGCCAGCAUCUACUUUUAACUGUGUUCCUACCUUCAUCACAAUGCCAUCAUCCCUUUCUGAAGGCUUAUGAGUGUUUAUAUUCUGAUAAUUUAUGUAUCAAUAGGUGUUUACCUAUCUGUGAUUAUUACAAGAGAUGGGACUAAUUUCUUAUUAAAAUUACUUACUUUUCUUUCGAAUUUUCAUUUGAAUGAUUAGGUGGACAAGUUAUUUAAUGUGUUAGGAAACUGCAAUUUGUUGUUUGACUAUGUUCUUUUAUAGUUUGAUAUAAAGCUAAGUCACAAGUUUUAUACAUUCAUUUAUCAUAUAACUCAUGAACAUGUAAACAAGUCUUACCAUACAAAAAUAUUUCUCAAUUAAAACUAAUUUAUCAAAUAUGAAACUUAUUUCUUACAUUUCUUUAAAUAUGUUUGAUACCUUUGACUGAUAAAUACACUUUAAACAUUACCUGACAACUUGAAAUUUAAAAUAUAUGUCAACAUUGAGUUUAAGUACGGGGUGAAUCCAAAAAUAACCUAAUUGUUGUAUUUGAUGGUGAUACAACUGUUAAAAGAGUUUAAAUAUAUAUGCAACAGCUACUCUUGCAGAUCGUUGGUGCAAUAGGUUUAUUUAAAUGCAAUAAUGGUUCUUAUACCAGCCUAGUUCUUUCUUUGAGAUAACACAACAUGUUAAAACUAACCUAUAACCACCAAGUCCCACUGGACCAAGAAUUCACUUCUGAAUAGGUACAAUUUGAUGAUCUUGGUUGAAAUAUUAAAGAUUUAUAUUUCCAACAGUCAAAAAUUCUUUUAUUGUUAAAAUUGUUAAUAAAAGACAUUUUAAUAUAAAUUGUAUUUAUACAAAAAUAUUUUAAUUUAACUGAAAAUAUAUGCAUUGUUAGUACAUUAAUGUUUUAAGAAAUUAUUUUGUCAAACACAUAUUUAUUAAUACAUAUAAUAAUCAAACAAUUAUUUAAUGUUUUGACUUCUGCUAUUCUUUUCAUCGUUUUGUGACAUCCCAUCUCUUAUGUUUUUUUUUAUUUUAUGCUUUUUAUUUAUGUAUUUGAUCUCUGUGUAUAUGUAUCAUAAUAUUCUUAAUAGUAUAUAUGUGCAAUGUUAUGGUGUAUAAGUUAAUGAAAUAGCUUCAGUUUGAAGUUGAUAAUUUUUGCUGUGCAGCUCAUUUCUGAGUAUGAAAUUUUGUCAGCUUUCCCAACUAAGUAAGUAAAACUAAAUAUGUAAAUACAUAAUGUCAUGGAUGUUAUAAAUUUUAUUGUUUCUAAUUGUCCAAUAAAAAUUAUUAUUAUGUUCUUAUGUCAUAAUAUUAUGUUUAAGACAUAUUGUUGGUAAUAUUUUUGAAUAGACAAAUUAAAACUUUACUUUAAUAUUAUUGAUUGGUAGUUUAAUGUUAGUGUGCAUCUCUUUUCGCAGUUGAAACAUUUGUGUCAUCAAUUAAAACAUAAAACUACCAGUUUUAAACAAGAUUUCCAAUGUUGUAAUUUCUAUAACUGUCAAGAGAUAAAGAUGGCCAAAGUAAUGUUAUAGUUACAUUUUGUAAACUAUUACUAAGAUUAAGCAUGGAUAAUUUGUUUACUUAAUACAAGGGUCGUUCGGAAAGUAAGUUGCUUUAAUGCAUAACACAAUACACGUAAUUUUUUAAAUUAUAUACAUUUGAAAGAACAACCUUUUAUUAUUUUUAAACAUAGUUAACAUAUACAUUCGAGAAUUUAUCUUAUCUAGGUACAAGCUUGCGUGUAACCGAUCACACCUUUUUCGCUGCGAAAAACUGUGACCCCACUCCUUUGUUUUUUCUUUUUGAUAAUGACAUAAGAAACCUGUAUUUAAAAACCAAUUACUAUGUAAUUAAGAAAUUCAUCACCUCUCCAUGGUACUAGAUAAGAAACUUUAGAAGUGAUCCCAUUCUCUUUGUUUUUAGUUUUGGUACCUAUUGGGCACAAAAUUUACGAUAUUGAAGUUUAUCAGUCACAAUUUCAUUCACUAUAGUUCUUGAUAUCCGUGAAAAAUGCUUUGACAGAUCUGUGGUUGUGAACCUUCGAUUAUCUCUGACCUUAUCAGAGGUUUGUUGAUGAGGUCAUCUGUAGCCACAGUUGGUCGCACUUCCCUUUUCCUGGUAAACAUUAUUACGUUCUUCAUGUAACAGUUCGCACAAUUUUUAACUGUAGUACAACUCAUAAUGUUUUCUUUAUACAGAACACAAUUCAUAAUGAAUUUCCACUAGUUGCAUCUUUUACCCAAAGAAAUCUUAUGACAUUAUGUACUUCCACUUGGCGGCAAAGCUGAUUGCGGUGGCCAUUAUGAACACUAGUUUAGAGCAUUCAGGAUGUGUACUAAACUUACUCGUAUCGUGCUGCUGCUCCCUCCUGUUCGGCAAUCUUAUGCCUUGGAAACUUACUUUCUGAACGACCGUGGUAAAAGUAUUUGCUUUGUUUUAUACUGGGUGCGUUAAUUCAAACUAGUAUUAAUAUAAUUACCAUUGCUAAACAAAUGAAUCAAAGGUGCAUUCUAUAUAGACUUUUUUCUGUGCAAACUUGUCAUAAGUCACAAAUUUUUGUUAUGAUAUUUAUUAACUUAAGUAUUUUGUGUAUAUUUUUAGUUUCUUUACACAUAGCCAGGCUUAGAUAAAAUUUGUACCUGGCAGAUGACUCGGUAGCAUUCCCAUUCAAGGUCAACCAUUUGCUCUUUCAUCAAAACAAUAAAGAAAUGUUUACUAUGAAAAAAUUCUAUCUCUUUACUUAAAAACAACUUUAUUUUAAAUGUAUAAUAAUGUAGAAGGAGGAAUAAUAAAUUUCAAUAACUUGUUUUAUAUCCAGUAACUUUGAUGGUUGUUAACAAUAUAUAGUAUCACAGUACUAUGAUAAUUACCUAUUUACUGUUAGGGAAUAUUGGGACAGCAGGAAAGCAACUUUGAUUAUGUUUAUGAAGUUAAUUGAUUUAGAGUUAUUAUAAUAUAAAAAAAGAUAAGCUGAAUAGUUUAAGAGGAGGAUAAUCCACUCUAAAAGGACAGUAUUGUAAACUGUAUAUAAAAGUCAGUUAUACUUUUGAAGUGAUCAAUUUGUCAUAUUAAUCACCAACAACAUGAAAGUGAAACAACAUGAGUGUAUUUGGAAGAGAACACUCAUGUAAUUUAAAACCGCAUUAAUCAAAUAUUAACAGAUCCUUGUGUGUGUGUGUGUAUAUAUAUAUAUAUAUAUAUAUAUAUAUAUAUAUAUAUAUAUAUAUAUAUACAUACAUAUAAUUAAAUAAAUAAAUAUAUAAAUAAAUAAAAAGAAUAAUCUUGCUAACUAUUACGAGCUGGAGUUUUAAAUUUUAUAUCACACAUGUUCUGGGCCUAUUAUAUGGUUCCAAAGAGAAAGAUCGUUAAGGGAAUCUCAGUAUUAACACAAGGGUGCUUGACAGUUCCCCCUGUUGAAGUUGCAGAGGACAACACUAAACAUCAUUACUCUAGUUAAAAUCUCUUUUCUGGUUGUCCCUUAUCCAAGUAAAACAAAUACGGUUUUUCGUUUAAAACUCAUUAUUGAUGCUAUUUGACAAAAUGAUUUGGAUUUUAUAUGAUUACUUGUAACAAUGGGCAAAUAAAUACACUUGUAGUGUAACAAAUUAAGUAUAGCAGGGCUAACAAAAAACUUUUUUGACAAGAAAACUGUGUAAAAUCUAGCAUAUUGUAACAAAAUAAGACUAACCACAAUAAUUGCUUUAAUAAAAAAAAAUAAUAACUUUCUAAUUCUUGCAGAUCUCAUAUCAGUUAAUACACAGCACAACUUUCAUAUGUGUACCCCCUCUGCCUGCCUUCUUCUUUAUACAUACUAAAUAGCUAGCUGUCUUAUGUAACAUUACACUCUGUUUCUACAAGUUUUUUACAGUAAAAAUGUUACUUUCUUUGUAUAUUAUUAUGUAUAAGUAUAAUAAUAUAUGAAGAUAAUAAUAAUCUAUCAAGAUAACUGUCAUUUAGACCUUUUGUUUAAAUUCAGAAAAUAUUAACCUCCACUGGGACUGCUGUCCAUGCAAUUAAAUACAGUCAAUACAAAGUUUGUUCAUAAAAACGCACACAGGACAUGGGAGUUUCAGUAAAUCUUCAGUUCUUUAUUCAGCAUGGACUUUUGGAACUGCAUAACCAACCAGUACAUUCAACUGUAAAUAAGAUUCAUUCUGACUGAGUGUUUCUAUCCUGCACAUGAAAUAUUUAUUUAACCCUUUGAAAUUGUUCUUAGUUUGCAUGAUUAUACUUAGGGUAGAGUUGUUUUGAAUACAUUAGCUAAUCUAAUGUAAUGACCUAAACCUAGAAUGGAAAAAAUAAUUUUCAUUUAUAUUAUAUAAUAACUGAUGUCCACCAACAAUAGAUUCUCUGUUGGUUCUUACAUGUAGAAUUGACAAGAUUGUCAUAUUCUUUACUUCGCUCAUAGUCUAAAUUUGUGUUGAUUACAAUUUUGCAGUCAUCAACAUCACUAUUAUCAAAAGAACUGUCUAUAAAAUAGUGUUAUUCAAUGUCCUAUGUAAUUAAUAACAACAGUUAUUAAAAAAAUGUAUAAAAUGUAUUUCACUCACAAAAAAUAAAAUACAAAUUCUACCCGUGUCAGAUGUCAAGAAAUAAUUACCAGUAAGUAAGAUGAUUUGUUACUCUGUUCGCUUGCGUUGCUGUAAUUGAAACCAACACACUGUUGAAUAUUAUAUAUUAUUGGUGACAAGACAUUAAAAAAAGCUACAUACAUGUUGUUUCUUACAACAACGUACAUAAUGUUCCUUUUUUUAGUUUGCAAUGAUCUCUGCUAGUUACCAAAUCAUAAUAGCCAUCUUUCUGAUUAGAAAGUACGAGGACUGACACCACAAAUUAUAAAUGUCCAACUUUUGAGCUGAUGGAACGCCAUGUUCUUACAUAUAGUUGAUUAGUCUUAAAUCCGAUGUUAACAGAUUUUAAUUUAAGGCCAUGCAAAAGUACACAUUUGAUAAAGUUUUAUUGAUUACAAAUUUUAACUGGCCAAAUACCAAGUCAUGUUGAAAUAUUACAGCAUUUGCCAUACAAUUAUUAUACUCACCAUAUACAAUACUUGUCUUUGUUCCGAUUUGCUGGAUCUUUUAGUAACAAAAGGAUAUUAAAUAUAUGAGUCACUUAAUCUAAUACUUGUUGCUGUAGCAAGUAAACUACUUGAAAACAGCAUUAACAUGUGCCGAAAAUUGGUGUUGUCGUUUGAGAUGGAUAUCGCUAGUUUUGUUAAUGAGUGACUCAGUUACUAAUUUACAUUUUAAAUUGUUGAAGUACAGUAAUAACAACAAUCUUGAAACAAAUUCUGUAAAAUGUAUGACACAUUAUUAUAGUUUUUAUGGGUGUCACAUUCACACAAAACUCAUUUACAUUGUAAAAUAAUGUGAAUAUUUUCUUUGUUCUUCAAUAUAAUUUCAGUUCGAUUUCUUCCAACAUCUGUAUGUUUAGUUUGUCACUAACUUUUUAGAUUUUGGAUCUCUAUUGAAACAAAUGAUGAAUCUUAUACAUAAAAUCAGUGAUUUUUAGUUGUAGGGUAUUUUAUGUAUCUGUUCUUGUAUAUAGUGUAAUUUUGUAUUUUCAAUAAGCAAAGUUAAAUUAUACGUAAUCAUCUCAAAAUGUAGCCAAAGAAUACAUGUGUAAGAAGAUAACUGUUUAUCGUUUUAUUGUAGCUAUCUAUUUUAUAAUGUGUCACUUAUAAAUAAUCUUCAUUGUCAUUAAAUUUUGUACCAUUUUA